AUGUCAGGAGAGACAGUUUACACUGGGCAUCUGGUGACUGUUAAUGGGGAGGAUAUUUCAGUCAGGUCGAGUAGAAAUGGCUCCUGCUACUCAUCGUUCGAACUUCUUAGGGCGAAGACGUCGGAUUCCAGCGAACUCAGACUUACUGCGCCUCAGAAUCUGAUCGUGAUCGACUCCAUCAAAUCUGGCAAAGGCCGCACCCUCGACAAUGACUUUUAUUCCAUCGUGGUCAAGCCGGUCCUGGAUAUGAUAGGUUAUGAACACACUGUCAUCAAAACCAAGUCACAUGACACGGUGUCACAAAUAGCCAAAGAGUUAAACGUCAAUGAAUCUCACACUGUCAUUUUCAUUUCAGGAGAUACAAGCAUCAGUGAGUUUCUGAACAAUCUCAGCACUAAAUCUGUUUUCAAUUCCGAGCAAGGGAAAGCCGAACUAUGCAUUCUACCCCUACCAAUGGGUACUGGGAACGCCUGGGCCAGCUCACUCUCGCAUGUCGAUCCAGUGCAGUCAUUCGGUAAAUAUAUACGCGGAUCGUUAACUUUGGAAAGCUUCCCCCUUUAUAGAGCAGUAUUCCCAGAUGACUAUUCAAUUGUCUUCUUUAUCAUUUUCUCUCUGGGGUUCCAUGCAAAUAUGUUGCAUGCCUGUGAAAAUCCGGAGCUCAAAAAAAUGGGCACUGAACGGUUCAGAAGAGCAGCAGAGACUAUUUUGCAAAACUACAAUUUGGAUCAUAGUAUCACAGUUGAGCAUUCAGUCGGUACAUAUGCUUACUUUGCAUUAAUCAAUACUCCAAAUCUGGAGCUCGAGUACAGACCGUCACCUUUGUCAGAUGCGCUGAAAUCAGAACUACAUUUACUUGGGUACUCUAGUAACCUAAAUACUAAAAAGUUAACAGCAAAAAUUAUGCAAGGCUAUCAAAAUAAACUUGGUGAUUACAUUCAAGAGGACAAAAAUGUUACUUAUAGAUCGUUUAAAUCUAAUUUCGAUAUAAUUUUGAACUAUCCGAAGGAUUCGCCACGACACAAAUUUGAAAUUUGUUGCGAUGGAACACUAAUAAACCUCUUGGAGCACCAAAGGGAUGAUAUUUACAACAAAAUUCAUUUUGAAUUUUUGCGCCACUAUUCCGAUUUUUCCCUCCGAGUUUUUCAUCGAUAA